GAUGGAUCUCUUAACUACAAAGUUGAGUAAAUUUUUUUUGUUAUUUAUUAGUCCAUGGUUUUGUGGUCGUUUGUUUUUACUGCAUGGAUCAAGCUAUUGAGGUAAGGAUCAUGGAUCAAGCAUGAUGGUUCCUCCUGUUUUAUGAACAGGGUCUGACUAACCAAGUAGUGUGUUUUUCAAGGUCGGGUUAUAGUCGUGUUAAAAAUGAUAUUCAGCUGUUUUGUAUAUAUUUAUGUGUCAGUGUGUGUUAUAAAAUUCAACCACUAGUGCUUAAGAUUUUUAUUUUGAUGAGCAUCAUGUGAUGUCUCCAACACAAAAGGCUUAUUUCCACAAUCAACGGUAUAGAUUCAAAAGAACUCCACAAUCCGCUCUACUUUAAUAUCUAUAUCUUCACCCACUAUAAAUCCUGAUCCUGGGGAUGAGCACACAGACUUGUUGUUAUAUAAAUCAGACAAACCUUUGCUUGAAGAAACAGAACACAUCAUCUGUCUUUAAGAGAAAUUAGAUGGCGAGAAGACAACUCUUUCAACUUCAAAUAUUCUUGGUUUUAGCUGUUCUGUCUCUUGUGAUCGCAUUGAAGCCUGUCCUAGUCAUUGCAACAGGAACUGAGAAACCGAUAGACUGUGAAGCCAAGGGACAACAACUGAAUCAGAUUAGCUACCUGAGAAGAAAUAAAAUGGAUCCAAAGAUAACAACAAGGACACGGAGGUUGAUGAAUGUUGUGGAGAUUAACGAUUAUCCAGGAUCAGGUGCUAACAGCCGCCACACUCGACCAUACUGUCCAGAUUGCUAAUUCCAAUUUCUUGUAACUUAGAGAACCUUUGAAAAUGUAAUAAUCACACGCUAUAUAUGAUAUCUAUCAAGAUUUAACAUGAUGGAAUCUUAAUCUAAAAGACUAUAUAAAGAUGUCAGAUAUUUUUUUAAAGUCUCAA